AUGGAGUUCCAUAGGAUUCUUUCGGCUGCCUUCCUUUUCUUGCUGUUUCUUACCUGCAAUGGUGAUUCAUUUUCCGGGAAUUCCAAUCUAUUCCGAGAGUAUAUCGGUGCCGAAUCUGACUCGAUCAAGUUCUCGGAUGUGCCUAUAAACUCGGGUGUCGAGUUCCACUUCAUUCUGGCCUUUGCAAUCGACUAUACUGAUGACAAUCAUCCAUCACCUGCAAAUGGAAAGUUCAAAGCAUUUUGGGAAAUUAACAAUCUUGGUCCGUGCCAAAUUGGCUCAUUAAAAGAUAGUAAUUCAAAUGUGAAGAUUGCUGUCAGCUUAGGGGGUGAUAGUGUAGGCAAAGGUAAAGCCUUUUUCGCACCCAAGAAAGCCUUUUUCGCACCCAAGUCAAAGACAACUUGGGUUCAAAAUGCUGUUUCUUCACUCACUGAUAUAAUCAAUCGGUACGACAUCGACGGAAUCGAUAUCGACUACGAACACUUCCGGUCGAGCCCCGAAAUGUUUGCGGAAUGCAUCGGACAGCUCGUAACGAUUCUGAAACAGAGUGGGACGAUUUCGUUCGCUUCGAUUGCUCCCUACGAAGAGAUUAAUAGCUACUAUUUAGCUCUGUGGAGGAAAUAUGGACAUGUAAUUGACUAUGUAAACUUCCAGUUCUACGCCUAUGAUAAGCUCAGUGUUUCCGGGUUUAUAAGUAAGUUCAAAGAGCAAGCCUCUAAUUACGGCGGAAGUCAGUUGUUGGCCAGCUUCCAGAGCGGCGGCCACGGCGGCCUGAGACCUUACGAUGGAUUUUUUGAAGCCUGCAACAAGUUGAAAGAUGAAGGAAAGCUCGGUGGCAUCUUUGUAUGGUCUGCUGAUGAAUCAAAAAACAAGGGCUUUAAAUACGAGAAGAAAGCUCAGGCUCUACUUGCUGCUUGA